AUGUGCGCCAUCGAGAAGAUUACGUCGAAAACUAAAAAAAUCAAGAUCAAACAAGAAUCCGGCAAGCUCGUGGCCGCCGGAAAUCAACCGGAUCAACAGGAAGAGUAUGAAGAGGUUCGGGUCUGGAACCCGACCGUUGCCAACCUCACAUUAAUGGCCCUUGGAAGUUCUGCUCCUGAAAUCCUGCUCUCCAUCAUCGAAAUUGUUGGCAAUAACUUCCACUCUGGAGAUCUGGGUCCCGGCACGAUUGUUGGCUCGGCCGCCUUCAACCUGUUCUGCAUCUCCGCAAUCUGUGUCCUCACCGUCGGCAAGAAAACCAAGCGAAUCGCGCUUUUCAAAGUGUUCUGCGUGACGGCCUUCUUCGGAACCUUUGCCUAUAUCUGGCUUCUCAUUGUUCUGGCAUGGAUUUCUCCUGACGUCGUAGAGCUCUGGGAAGCCAUCCUGACGCUAUUGUUCUUCGGAAUCCUCGUCAUAGCUUCUUACUGUGUUGACCUCGAGAUUUGGAACAAGAAUAAGAAGGCAAAUCUGGAGACGGAGUUGCAAGAUAUUGAGGAUAGAACCUCUAAGAAACCGUCGAAGAAUCUUGACGUUGAGAUCAGGAAUGUUGCUCGACGUCUGAGUUAUGUCGAUGGAGAGUCAGUCCUCGACGCUCUUCCGGCUCCAGAAGAGGGUGACGUCCGGAAAAUGGCCCGAGAUGUCGCUCGAGUCUACCCAGGACUUGAAGCCGAUGACCAGGCCAAGAUUCUGGCGUACCGGCUAAACCAGAAUAAGGUCCGCGAUCGUCUCUACUACCGUAUCCGCGCCAUUCGUCAAUUGACGUCUUCCUGGAAGAAGACCGACGAGGAGAAGGAGGUUCAAGAAUUGGAGGAGAAAGAAGCCGUCAGCCCGGAUCAUACCUCGCAAAAAUUGAAGCCGCGGAUCGAGUUCACAGCUCGUGUCUACGCGGUCUAUCCGCAAGAUAAGAAAGUCAAGCUGUCGGUAAUCCGGCGAGGCAACAGUGAUACGGCCCUGACGCUCAACUACAGUACGGUGGAUGGUAUCGGCAAGAAGGAUCUUCACUACUUACCAAAGAUGGAAAACCUGCGCUUUGCCCCGCAGGAAAUGCAAAAAGACAUCGUCAUCGAUUUGGUCGAUGGAGCGGAUUGGAGGCCAAACACCGUCUUCUACGUCCACCUGAAAAUUGUGGACCAGGACGAGGGCGGCAAAACGAAACUUGGUGAAUGCAAUAUCGCUCACGUCAAAUGCCCCGAGGAUACCACGUCCUUUAGUGGAACGCCGAACGUCGAAUUUGUUAAGGGCAACUAUGUUUGCAAAGAAAAUUGUGGCUGGGUGCGGGUCUUCAUCACAAAGAGGGGCAAAACUAAAACUCCCCAUGAUGUCGGCGUUCGUUUCGAGACUGAAGACAUUUCGGCGAAUGCUAAUGAAGACUACGUUCCCUAUAAGAAUGCACUGUUGUAUUUCAAGGGCCAAGAAUACGAAAAGUACAUUGACGUCGAGGUUGUUGAUGACAAGGACGAUGAAAAAGAUGAAACCUUUUCGGUUGAGUUGCUCGGGACUGAAGAUCGGGAAACUACCAUCGGCAACAAAAAACGCACGAUCGUGACCAUCAUUUCGGAUGACAACGUCUUGAAAAAUAUCACAAAUACGCGAAAAUUGGUCGGCUAUUAUUUGAAGCGAAUGACGCCGGGACAGGCCACUUGGCGCGAACAAAUCAUCAACGCCGCUUCGGUGAAUUCUGGAGACGUUGCCAACGCUACUGUACUUGAUUGCGUCCUGCAUGGGUUGGCCUUUCCUUGGAAGUUUGCCUUCGCCUUCGUACCGCCGCCAAUGAUGAUGGGCGGCUGGUUGUGUUUCGUUGUCGCAUUAAUAGCCAUUGGAUUGGUGACCGCUGUCGUAGGUGACAUCGCCUCAAUCUUCGGUUGCAUGGUCGGAAUGCCGGACGCUAUUACGGCCAUCACAUUGGUUGCCCUUGGAACGUCACUUCCGGAUACUUUUGCGAGCAAAAUCGCUGCUGAAAACGAUGAUUUCGCAGACAAUGCAGUCGGAAACGUGACCGGCUCGAACUCUGUGAACGUCUUCCUCGGCCUUGGGCUGCCGUGGUUGGUCGCCGCUUUCUACUGGUGCGACAAGGGACAACCUUUCGUCGUGAAGGCCGGAGAUCUAGGCUUUAGCGUUGCCGUCUUCACAAUCUUUUCCAUCAUCUUCCUCAUCGUCCUCAUCGCCCGCAGAAUGCUGGCCGUUUUCGGAAAAGGAGAACUCGGCGGGCCACCAGUAUUG